AUGAUAAAACACAACUCCAGUUCCUCUCUUGUCGUCAGGGACCUGUCGUACAUAAAGGUGAUCGACGUGGGCCGGCGGUACCUUGUAAACCGUGUCCUGGAUCACAUCCAGAGCCGGAUCGUGUAUUAUCUGAUGAACAUCCACAUCACCCCACGCUCCAUCUACUUGAGUCGCCAUGGAGAGAGCGACCUCAACAUCAAGGGACGUAUCGGGGGAGACUCAGGGCUCUCUGACAGGGGCAAAGAGUAUGCAAUGCAUCUCAGGAAGUUCAUCCAGGAACAGGACAUUAAGGACCUGAAGGUUUGGACCAGUCAGAUGAAGAGGACCAUCCAGACAGCAGAGUGUUUGGGAGUGCCCUACGAGCAGUGGAAGGCCCUCAAUGAGAUCGACGCGGGUGUGUGUGAGGAGAUGAUGUACGAGGAGAUCCAGGAGCACUUUCCAUUGGAGUUUGCCAUGAGAGAUCAGGACAAAUACCGCUACAGAUAUCCCAAAGGAGAGUCGUAUGAGGACCUGGUACAGAGACUGGAGCCUGUGAUCAUGGAGCUGGAGAGACAGGAGAACGUUCUGGUCAUUUGUCACCAGGCCGUCAUGAGGUGUCUACUCGCGUACUUCCUCGACAAAACCGCAGAUGAGCUGCCUUAUCUUAAAUGCCCUUUGCACACUGUUCUCAAACUGACGCCUGUAGCUUACGGUUGUAAAGUGGAGUCCAUUUAUUUGGGCGUGGAUUCAGUGAACACUCAGAGAGACAGACCAGCGAAUGUGACGAUGCAGCGCAGCACAGAGGAUGCUCUUCAGACUGUCCCACCACAUUUCUGAUCUACUUCCUCCACCUUAACCACACUCCUGCCACUGACUUUUAAUAAUAAUGUUAUUAUAAAAAAGAAAAACACACCACAGACCUCUUGUCUAGACCUCCAUUUACAACCUCCGGACACACAAAGAUGUACUAUUUGAUGUACGUAACUCCGCUUCAGCACUUUCCUCUCACUUGUCCAUCACUGCAGCCUCCAUAUCUGUGAAGAAACAUUAUUUUUUUUUAUAAGUGUGAAUAAUGUAAUGUAACUUUUAAUUUGCACCUUUUUCUAAUGUUUUUUGUAUUGUUUACCAAGGUGCUUCUGCUAAUGUCUUACGUUUGCUGUUGAGUGAAGUAAAAGAGAAAAAAAAAACAAGUCUUAUCAAAAUAAAAGCCUUUAUACAACAGAGAAAAAAAAUAUAUAAAAAUGGCUUAAUUGAAGUGUACUUGAGGACUUGUGGUUUUGCAGGUAUGAUGUUGAUAAAGCAAUUCUUCUGCUUAUGUACUGUGACCCACUGUAAUUAUUGUACUGUAAAAAUAAUACAAAUAUAUUAACAAUUUUUGACAUGUUACUGUGGCAUUAAAUCAUUAUUCAUUGAAAA